GUUUCAGUUGUUGGAUAUCCUUCGAGCCCGGCGCAUCGUGAAUUUUGAAUUAAAUGUGCUAGUGACCAGUGAAAACUACUUUUAUUUUCGUUAAAUAUUUUGGGUGCGUUUGCGAUCAUCUGAGUUUUUUUAAUUAUUCGUGAAACAUUUAUUUCAAUGGACUUAAAAUUCAUCUUGGACUGAACUGAGGAUAAUAUAGAUAUUAACCUUGGGUUAACUACAAAUAAAGAAAAAAAAGUAUAAAUGGUAAAAAUGACUACUUAUGUUGAGACACUUGUCGAUGUAAGGUUGAGUACAACUGAGAAUGUAGCUCCCAUUAGUGUGAAACUCACCAACCCACGAUCUCUAAUGAGAACAACAUCGUUCGAUCGUAUAAGGCAAUUUCCCACGUACUUCUGCCAUCAAAGUUCGAAUGAGAUACAUCAAUGGAUAUCGUCCUCAAAAAAGAACCUAUCUAAACUUAUAGCUGAUCUUUCACAACAGCUCCACCAUAUACUGCUCACCAUUUGUGUUUAUUCAGUCGUUGGCAUGUUACUGUUGCAGUUUGCCUCCUGCUUAGUUUACAUUUUUACAAACCACCUUCCGAGUGGGCUUGGUUUUCUCCUUUUGUGUGUUUUGGUAAUGACCGUUUUAGCAGCACAAAUCAUGCCCUACAAACCCAAAGAGGUCGUCCAUAAGGGCAGGUCUCGAACAAGGAAGACAAAACACGAUUAAACUUUUUACAACAAAUAAUUUUAUGUAAUGUUAGUGAUGAAUUAAAAGACUUAAUGUAAACAUUUGGCUUUGUGCAAUUACGGCAAAUGAAGACAGUGUUUAUUGUGAUGCAUUGUAUAUAAAUUUUGUAAGAACUGUUUGAACAAUGAAUAGUUAAUUGUAGUUUAUACAUUGGCAAAUCAUAUUUUUCACUAAAAUAAUUUAUAAAAGUUUUGAACUCA